GACACCAAGAUGCCACCAAAAAUCAAAGGAAAGGUAUCAAAAGCUGGGGGACAGAAAAAGAAAAACAAGAGUCAAGAUGAGUCAACUGAGAUCAAGCAUAGGAGAACAGCCCUGGAGCUGGAGAUCCUCCGUGACCAUCUGGCUCUCCGGCGGGAUGAGACUCGCCAGGCCAUAGCCUGCAGAGGACAACUCCGAGAGAGGCUGCAAGAGUUGGAGGCUGAGGUGGAGGGGGCUCGGGGUGAUGGAGAGGCUGUGUAUGCAGAGAUGAGUCGUCAGUACCAAGCCCUGAGGAAAGAGGCUGAGACACAGAGGCAUCAGCUGGAAGAGGAAGUGAAGGUCCUUCGGAAAGAGCUAGAGGCAUGCCAGAGAGAGGCAAAGACUGCUAAGGGAGAGGCUGAACAGGCAUUAGCAGAGCGAGACAAGACCCUUGCCCAGCUCCAGGCCUAUGUGACAGAAAUGGAGGCUAAGUAUGAAGAAAUUCUACAUCACAGCCUGGAUCGACUCUUGGCCAAACUGACCACAGCCAAGCUUGAGUGGGACACAGCUGCUCUGAGGCUCCAUGACAAGCACAAAGAACAGCUUCAGCAAUUUGGGCUCAACCCCUUGGACCUCUGAAGCUGGGGA